AUGGACUUUGAUGCGUCCAACGACCGCCCAUUCAAGAAAAGACGCUUCUUUGUCGACGACCCUUUCGAUUCUCCUCAGUCCGCCGCCGAAAACACCCCGAAUCUUGACGCGUCGCUACAUGCUUCUUCGCUUACAGACGUGAAUGAUGGCCUCAUCCCGACUGAUACAGAAUUCUCAAGGGCAAAUGAACUGGAGAAGCCCGGGCAAGAAAGUCCGGAAAUACCCGAUCUUGCUACCUCUGCGCAUCAACCACAAUUACCUGUUCAACAAGAUACAAGAAGUUUCGAUACGGAGGCGUUUGUCGGCAUCAUAGGGGAGGAUAUCUCACCAGAAGCACUAUUGAAGAUCCAAAAACUCUCAGGUGGAAACCUCGAGAGCGCUAUAAAUAUCUACUUCGACGGAUCAUGGAAGAACUCAGGCCGCACAGGAUCGAACCAGACGACGUUACUAUCCCGCGAGCGAAUCCCUUCACAACCCGCCCCGUCGACCAGGUCAAUUGAAAAAGAGGUUGCACCCAAGAGUAACGGGGCUAGUCUCGCUGAUGAAAACGUCCCGCGUUCGAAAUCGCAGCCUCCUCGAAGAUAUGUCGGCGCGUUUGGGGUAGGGGCCUGGGCUACCAGGAGCGGAACUGGCUUGGUCAAACACGGCGACACCGUGAAUAUUGAGCGAGCAAGAUCCCAGCCUCUUUCUACUCGCGGCCGGACCGGGAAAAUCAGAGUGAACAAUAAAGGGGAUGUUCUCACGCGCUUUACGAACGAUGCUGGCCAGGAAAUUGGAAGACUGCCUCGGGAGACGGCUGAAUGGGUGUCCACCCUACUCGAUCAGAAGAUUUGUGAAUUCCGCGGAGUUUGUGUUUUUGCGCCGGACAGGCUCCGAGUGAACGACACCGUCUUCCUGCAGCUCCUGUGUUUCAUGCGGAUAGAAGCUUUCCAGCCGAAGGUACUACAUCAGACGGCGGAUGAUAACAGGGCGACCACGAUCUUCGAACAAGAAGAGAGCACGGAGGAGAAACAAUUGCGUCUGCGUCAGGUCGCUCUAGUUCAAUUGUUUGACGAGAUAGGUCUCAAAUCUACAACCCAGGACGAUGAGAUGAAAAAACAGAGGAAAGAGGGAUUGCUGCGUGCAGCCGAAAUGGCAGACGAGGAGGCUAAGAAAACUGCCAAGUCCGGAAAUAACGACACCGAAGAAGAUGAACCUGGGGAUCUCGAGGAUGCCCAGCUUGAUGCACUGUAUAAAAAGGCGCAAUCUUUUGACUUUAGCAUGCCCGAAGCUCAACCUCCAUCUUCUUUUGCCAUGGAUCUGCGGAAGUACCAGAAACAAGCGCUUUACUGGAUGCUUUCGAAAGAAAAGGAUAAAAAAUCCGGCAGGGAAGUCUCGAUGCACCCACUGUGGGAGGAAUACAGUUGGCCCUUGAAAGACGUCGAUGACAAGGACCUGCCGGUUAUCGAAGGGAUUGACCACUUUUACGUCAAUCCCUAUUCCGGAGAGCUUAGCCUUGAUUUCCCUGCCCAAGAACAGCAUUGUCUAGGAGGCAUCCUCGCCGAUGAGAUGGGCCUGGGAAAGACCAUUGAGAUGCUGAGCUUGGUUCAUUCUCACAGGAAUGUCCCACCGAUACGUAACUCUGGCGACUUGACCAGGCUGCCCACGUCUGGCGUUGUACCGGGUCCGUACACAACCUUGGUUGUUGCGCCAAUGUCUUUGCUUGCACAGUGGGAGAGUGAGGCAUUGAAGGCCUCCAAGGAGGGAACAAUGAAGGUCCUGGUGUAUUAUGGGAAUGAAAAAUCUGUCAACCUACGGGAGCUGUGCUCUGCUGGCAAUGCCGCAGCUCCCAACGUAGUUGUCACCAGUUAUGGAGUUGUGAUGUCUGAACAUCGAGCGCAUCAGGCACUAACGCCGGGGGCUUCCUGGACCCCAGGAAACCUUUUCUCGGUAGACUUCUUCCGAAUCAUUCUCGAUGAAGCUCAUCUCAUCAAGAAUCGACGGUCAAAGACGGCAAGAGCUUGCUAUGACCUAAAAGCAACACACAGAUGGGUUCUCACCGGCACACCCAUCGUCAACCGUCUGGAAGAUCUCUUCAGCUUGGUGAGAUUCCUCAAGGUUGAACCGUGGAACAACUUCUCCUUCUGGAAGACGUUCAUCACGACACCCUUCGAGAAUAAGGAAGUGAUACGCGCGAUUAGUGUGGUGCAGACAGUGCUUGAGCCGCUCGUUCUCCGGCGUACCAAGUUCAUGAAAACUCCUGAAGGGGAGCCACUGGUCCCCUUACCCAAGCGGACAAUCCAGGUCGAGGAAGUCGAACUCCACGAGCAGGAACGGGAAAUUUAUAACCACAUUUUCACCCGAGCAAAGCAAACAUUCAACAGCAGCGUCGAAGCAGGAACCGUGCUCAAAUCGUACUCGACCAUCUUCGCGCAACUAACCCGUCUCCGCCAGACAUGCUGCCACCCCAUCCUCACGCGCAAAAAAGAAAUCGUUGCAGAUGAAGAAGACGCCGCAGCUGCGGCGGAUCUGAACAAUGAUCUCAAGGAUGACAUGGACCUCCAGGAACUCAUCAACCGGUUCACAACGACUACCGAAAACGCCGACUCGAAUGAACCCCCAGAUCCCUCCUCGAAGUUUACAGCCCACGCCCUCCGCCAGAUCCAGACAGACUCCAGCGGGGAAUGCCCUAUCUGCUCAGAAGAACCCAUGAUCGACCCCGCCGUUACAGCCUGCUGGCACAGCGCCUGCAAGAAAUGUCUAGAGGAUUACAUCAAGCACCAAACAGAUAAGGGUGUGAAACCUCGAUGCUUCUCAUGUCGCGCAGACCUAUCUUUGCAAGAUAUCUUCGAAGUCGUCCGCCACCAGUCACCAAACUCCACACCCACAGAACAACAACCACCGCCCUCCUCUAUAGACAGCAACGAUUUAUAUAGCAGCUCACAACCACCCCCUCGAAUCUCAAUAAGACGAAUAAACCCCCUCUCCCCCUCAGCACACACAUCUGCCAAAAUCCACGCCCUGCUUUCUCACCUGACGCGCCUUCCACCAGGCACAAAAUCCGUCGUCUUCUCUCAAUUCACCACCUUCAUCGACCUCAUCGGUCCGCAGCUAACAAAAGCGGGCAUCUCGCACGUCCGGUUCGACGGCACAAUGUCGCAGAAGGCCCGCGCCGAAAUCGUCGCCCAGUUCUCGAAAACAGAGACAUUCACGCAGGAGGAACUCGACCAAGCUGAAUCCACGCCUACACAAACACCAGGCCUCACGCCCACGCUUACGCCAAAAACACCGAAACAGUCAUCCGUCCCGCCUGCGCCGACAGUACUGCUCAUAUCGCUUGGAGCCGGCGGUGUCGGUCUGAACCUUACCGCCGCAUCGAACGUCUACAUGAUGCACCCAUGGUGGUCGUUUGCUACUGAGGCACAGGCUAUCGACCGCGUGCAUCGGAUGGGCCAGCUGCGGGAUGUGAAUGUCGUGCGGUUUAUUGUGAAGGACUCGAUUGAGGGGCGGAUGUUGAGGGUUCAGGAGCGGAAGAUGGGCAUUGCGGGGUCGUUGGGGCUUAAGAUAGGGGGGAAUGAGGAUGACAAGAAGAAGGAAAGGAUUGAGGAACUGAAGUUGUUGUUUGAGUAG